CGGCUUCUCGUCCCCUGCCUGCAGACCCGCACGCUGCGCUUACUCUACUGACCGGUGUACGACCGGGAGGAGCCGACCCUGGCAGUAGCACAAGCGGUGGCGGCUCCCACCGACGCAUGCGCCACAUAACUUGCCCUGUGUUGUGACGGCAUCGCUCGCACGGAAGAAGUCAGUCGGUCUCGGCCGCAUCCUACCAAGCGCACCCGCGGGAUUACACAGUGCUCUUCGUGACACGUGCUUUCUCUGCUUCCUCGCACAGCGUCAGCCUGGACCGCAGCUGAUCUAAUAAUUGCACAUCAUCGUUUCGUGUGACGUCCGGAAAUGCCACUUUGGCGAUUCAGACGUGCGACCGGUUUCCACCUUUGAGGUUGCCACAGCAUCAAAGACAUCCAACCAAGGCUUUCUUGGCCAGUCUUAGACUUCCAAUGUGACCUUUCUGGAAAAACUACCUGCCGUGACAUGUCACUCUAUUCUUGGACGACCCUAUUCUUGGUGCUUGUUACGGGUGUGCUCGGAGCCAAUGCAUGGAAUGCGCGGAGUGAGAGGAUCUUCACCCAGCUCAAGUUGUUGCGGGGGUGCAUGCAUAAAGCGGCGCAAGAUCCACAGAGCAAUGUCUCAGGGACAUGCGACUGGGAAUUCGACGGCUGGACGUGCUGGCCUCCAACAACGUCGAACGUGACAGCCACGGCUCCUUGCCCUGAACUCUUCAAUAGUCCCUCGAACAGUACAGGGCUUGCCACCUUCUACUGCACAGCAAACGGCACAUGGGAUUCUUCCAGAGGAGACUAUUCAAGUUGCACGACAGAUGCCAAUGAGGUGGACCCAGAGCUGAGCGUAGUUCAAUGGAUAGCGCAAGACAUUGGCGAUCUUGCACCCUGGGAGAAGAGUGCAUCUCGCGGAGAAAACAUUCGGUGGCAAGAGAAGAUCACGUACUUUAAGGAAUGCCUGCAGAAUGUCCUUUUGCAGCCAUUUCCGAAUACAGAGAACGGGUCAUACUGUCUGCGCACGUGGGACGGGUGGAGUUGCUGGGGGGACACUCCUGCUGGAACCACCCAGAUUGCUCCGUGCCCACGCUUCGUCACCGGAUUCGCAUCGCACAGGCAGGCUCAUAAGGUCUGCAACCCGGAUGGCACCUGGUUCCGACACCCGGAGACCAAACACGUCUGGUCCAACUACACGGCAUGCGUUGAUACGCAUGAUCUAGACUUUCGAAACGUGGUCAACUCCCUGUACGUCGGAGGUUACUUCAUCUCUUUGGUGGCGCUGCUCAUAUCACUCUUCAUCUUCUUCUACUUCAGAUCACUCCGCUGUCGGCGCAUCACAAUUCACAAGAAUCUCUUCAGUUCAUUUGUUAUGAACAUUAUCUGCUGGAUCCUGUGGUACAUCUACGUUGUUGCUCCUCCUCACGUCAUCGAGGAAAAUCCAGUGUGGUGCCAGGCCUUGCACGUGGUGACGCAAUAUUUUCUGCUCUGCAACUACCUGUGGAUGUUCUGCGAGGGUCUCUACCUACACACAUUGCUGGUUCUCGCUUUCAUCGCCGAGGACCGCAUCCUGAAGUGGUUCUUUCUCAUCGGAUGGGGAUUCCCAUUGUUUCCCAUAAUCGGCUACGCCAUUGCACGUGGCCUGGAUGGUCAAGCUUCUAAGCUGUGUUGGGUGGAGCACGAAGUUUGGUACACGUACAUUUUGACAGUUCCUGUUAUCCUCUCCAUAUUGCUGAGCUUCGCUUUCUUGGUGAAUAUCGUGCGAGUGCUGGUAACGAAGCUGCGGGCCGUUAAUUCGCCCGACAACGAAAGCACAAGGAAAGCAGUUCGCGCCACGGUGAUUCUGUUGCCAUUGCUGGGUCUCCAUUAUGUCGUGACGCCGUUCCGUCCAGGGAAGGGUGUCAUUCUCGUCGCCUACGAGAUCUUCUCCGCGCUCGUCACAUCUCUGCAGGGUCUCUGUGUUGCUCUGUUGUUCUGCUUCUUCAAUGGAGAGGUUUUAGGUGUUCUGCGCAAAUACCUCUCUCAGACGCCCUGCGUCCAGAGCGAUGGCCGUCGCAUGUCCUAUGCGAACACUAGUAUAAGCGUUUCUCUGAAUGGCCUCAAGCGACGUGGCGACAUCCCAUGCAAUUUGCAACGCCCGUCCAGCAUAGUUUUGUGCCCCGACGCACUUCAGAUGGUAGAAGCCCAUCGAUAUCACCUAAUCAUCAGGAACAAACGCUCUUGUGAAGAUUCUUCGCGUUGGUUUUUACGUUCAGUAACACAUGAUUAGGAGGACCUUGCGGAUAGUCUCUCUGUGUCCACCGCAAAGAAGACUUACAAUGAAGGUGAAAAGCAGCAGUGUAGAUUGAAACGCUGCUGGAACUGCAAGAAGAAAGUGAACUCGUGGCUGCGAAUACGUACGGUGCGCCAAUCUGGAGACCUUCGAAGGCGAUGGCACUUUCGGGAAGGAAGUCAAAGAUAAAAUCGUGCAUGGGCUAACAGCUUCCAGGCAGCACCGGAAGCAUGCAUAGCAGAUACCUGACAAAGAGCUUGAGCGUUUGGCUGUGAGUUCCAUCAGCAUCUGGUGUUCGCGAGUGUGAAUGUGCACAUGUACCCAUCAUUUUGAAUCACUGUCUCCAGAAAAUGUGACAUUUCACACAAGUGACGUUUGACGAUUGCACACUUGAAGGUGUGUAGUCCUGCGGCAAACCCUGGGAAAUGUGUUCACAUCGGCGUGAAAAUGCUGAGUGAAAAAUGUGUAUGGUGCGGCUGACACACCUUGCGUGAUGCACGUGAGACCGCGUGAGAGCCACUGUGAGCUACGUGUGUGAUAAACGACAAUUCAACGUGAGAGCCACCCACCUCCAUCCUUCGCCAUAUUGAGUCGUGACAUACCCUGUAAAUACAACUGCGUGAGAUAAAGGUGUCGUGAAAAUACAGUCA